GGUCGGAAAGAAGACGCGAAGCCUAAAAUAAAGAUGUCCCUGAAGUUCCUCUUUGUGGCUGCUCUUUUUCUGUUGGUGCUCGAUGUGGAUGUGUCAUCUGGGACCUUCUGCGACGAGGGUCCUCCGGGGCGAUACUGUUAUAAGGACCUGACAGGAUGGUAUGAGUGCGUCUACGACAGCAAGACCAAAACAAUGAACCAAACAAAGCACGAAUGUCCCGCUAAUACAAGGUGCCAGUGCUUUUAUGGUCCAAACUGCCCAAGCACCGUAAAGGACCCGUGCGCUAAAUACGAGCUGCCCCCUCCAUUCCCAGCCGUGUUCUCUACAUUCUACACCGAGACCGUCACGACAUGCGACAACAAACAAUGCACGAACGUGACAAUCAUUGGUGACAUGCAGCAGAAUGCUACCGCUGGGGAACAGCGCCAUGAUAUCGUAGGAACAACCUGGAAUACCCGAUUUAUUUUCCCGUUCCGAUACAUUGACUUCGGCGACUUUAUCCAGUUCGACGCAGCUUGGUUCGAGAAGAACUGCAGCUUGACUUCCCGCGUAACUUUCCCGCGCUUUGGGGUGCCACCUUACUUCACGUGUGACCAGUCCAUGAUCUCCGUCAAAAUGGACAAUGCUACGUUGAAGGGGUGUAUGUGGCAGUCAGGAGGUCACAGCAAGACAGAGGAGGUGACCAUCGAGAGGUGGACACUGAUCAGCCUCCGGGAUGGUCGCUACAUUCCGUUUUCGCACGACAUUCAACAGAAGCCCACCCCCACUAGUAACAUCACCGUCUACCAUGACAUCAGGUUCGCCUCAUUCUUCCCUGAUUUCUUGGAUCCCAGCCAGCUUUCGAUGCCGACCUUCUGUUUCCACAAGGCCCCAGGUUUCUUUGAAAGCGAGGUUUAAACAAAGAGCAACGAAAUAGUAGCCUGUUAUGGAGACGCUCUUUGGGCUCGUCACGCAAUCUUCCUCCCUCACGCUGGGCAUGAAGAUUGCGUGACGAGCCCAAAGAGCGUCAGCGUUGGAGGCUAACGAAAUAGAGGCUAGAUUUACUAUAUUUGGAACUAGCCCUUAACUUGCUAGUUUUUGCUAAGAAAAAUGCUAUCAGGGAAAGUUACAAUCCUGUAAUGACAGAAUUAGGAAGACAUCAAGUCUGUAAAUUCAAUUUAAUUACAGCUUUGCAAGGCAAUAAAUGACACCUUAUCUCAAAUGAACGUGAUUGAAAAUGUCAUGCUGCAUCACCAGUGUCCCUUAGAAAUUUUGAUGAGGUGGUUGACAACAGUUUCAAAGCUCAUUCCAUCACUUAUAUAAUUAUAAUUUGAUGGAUCAGUACUACCGCUCUUUACCAGAUGAGGCCACGAUGUUGAACUCACGCAAAUGCCCAGUGGCUGGCGAACAAUUAAGUUCUGGUCAUCUUCAUGGCACAAUAGAUUACUACGCAGCUGUUAAAACACGCUUAAUUUUAGCCCUAGGUGCAUAUUACUAAAAAACGAGCUCGGCGACUUCCAUUUUUUAAUUGUGGAAUUGUAGUUAGCGUGAUUAGAUACUGUCCAGAAAAUCGCUUGGAUCAGAAUAUACUGCAUUACUUUCCACCCCUACCACCCUUAUGCGCCCAAGACGUUCGGUUUGGCGAAAUCAUGCAAUUUCCGAGAAGCAAGGUUUGGGGUAAACUUAUGCCCGACAAAAAGCCGCAUUUUGUAAAAAUUCCGUGUGAAAUCGCACCAGUUAAACUAACCAGAAAAAUAUAGCAGGGCCGAAUCUCUCCUUCAGUGUGAUUUAGGCUUAUUCCUGAUCAUAACUUGGGAAAACCGGUUCCUGAAAAUCAGGUUUACGGUGUUUCAGCAAGAAAGAAAGAGAGGCAUGAGUACACGUGUUUGCGCUGUUUCUUUCUAUCAAGCUGAAACACCUUGCAGCUUCAAUCAAGACCUUAACCACCAUUACCAUAAAACCUUUCGACAUUGUCGCGUACGCUUAUAAGCUUUCGAGGGACAACCUUUCUCAAAACAGCUGUACCGAAAUUGGUCAAUUAGUCCUCACGACAAACUAGACUGCAGGCAAUCUGUUUUUCUCUCGAGAUCACACUCCGCCCUUUUGCGUUCGCGCUCACAGAUAAACACUCUUCUGACCCACAGAAAAAAAAAGACCACCUACCUGCCGCCUAGCGGCGAACUUAUGUCAGCUGUCAUGUUGACUUUUAGAAGUUUUAUUUCUCCAAAUGCCGCUAAAUCAGGGUCCUUGCUUAUUU